AUGGAAUCGUCCUAUAAUAAGGACGCCACAAGCGUUCGCAGGCACUUUGAUGUGACUGAGGAGAGAGGUCUCUCGUCGCAGCAGGUGCAGGAAAAUCGCAAACGCUAUGGCAGCAAUUCAAUUCCUGAGGAACCGCCAACCCCACUCUGGGAAUUGGUUUUGGAGCAGUUCAAGGAUCAGCUGGUCCUUAUCCUCCUCGCAUCUGCUGCCAUUUCUUUCGUUCUUGCAUUGUUCGAGGAUUCGGACGACUGGACUGCGUUCGUCGACCCUGUGGUGAUCCUCACCAUCCUCAUCCUCAAUGCGAUCGUCGGUGUCACGCAGGAGAGCAGCGCUGAGAAGGCCAUUGCCGCUCUACAAGAGUACUCGGCAAACAAGGCAAAAGUCGUAAGAGAUGGAAUGCUCGUCGAACUCAAGGCUGACGAGAUCGUGCCCGGCGAUAUUGUCAGGGUCGCGAUUGGCGACCGGAUUCCUGCAGAUUGUCGACUUCUAUCGAUCCAGAGCAAUGCAUUCUCCGUGGACCAGGCUAUCUUGACUGGAGAAAGCGAGCCUGUGGAGAAAGAUUGCGCAAUUGUCAAGGACGCUCAGGCCGUGAAGCAGGAUCAAUUGAACAUGCUGUUUUCCGGCACGACUGUCGUGGUAGGUCAUGCCACUGCAAUCGUCGUGCUGACCGGCACCAAUACCGCCAUUGGUGAUAUUCACGAGAGCAUAACAGCCCAGAUCUCCGAGCCUACACCUCUCAAAGAGAAGCUGAACGACUUUGGCGACACCCUGGCCAAGGUCAUUACCGCCAUUUGCAUCCUGGUGUGGUUGAUCAACAUCCAGCAUUUCAACGACCCUGCUCAUGGCGGAAGCUGGGCCAAGGGGGCAAUCUACUACCUAAAGAUCGCUGUCUCUCUGGGUGUGGCGGCGAUUCCUGAAGGCCUGGCAGUUGUCAUCACGACCUGUCUGGCACUAGGAACACGGAGAAUGGCUGCCAAAAAUGCGAUUGUUCGGAGCUUGCCUUCUGUUGAGACUUUAGGCAGCUGCAGUGUCAUCUGCUCCGACAAAACCGGCACUCUGACUACGAACCAGAUGAGCGUACAGAAAGUGGUUUACCUGAACGAAAAUGGAACCGACUUCGAAGAGCUCCAAGUAGAAGGUACGACCUUCUCGCCCGAGGGCGGACUCUCACGCAACGGGAAGCAAGUCGAGAACUUGGCUGUUACCUCAUCGACCAUAAGGCAAAUGUCAGAGGUCUUGGCUCUCUGCAAUGAAUCUCGCCUGUCUUACGAUGCGAAGACUCGGGCGUACACCAACGUCGGCGAGCCUACAGAAGGAGCAUUGAGAGUCCUCGUUGAGAAGAUUGGUUCUGCUGAUGCUGCGACAAACAAGAAGCGAGAUCAGCUCCAGGCUGACGAGCGGGUUCACUUCGCCAGCCAAUGGUACGAAAACCAAAUCCCGGUUCAAGCGACGUACGAGUUCUCUCGUGACCGAAAGAGUAUGUCGGUGCUUGUCGGCAACGGCAAGCAGAAACUUCUUGCUAAAGGUGCUCCUGAGUCGAUCGUCGAGAGAUGCUCCCACAUCCUCCUUGGGUCGGAUGGCAAGCGUGCACCGAUGAGCAAGCAGCAUUUGGCGAUGGUCAAUGAAGAGAUCUACGAAUACUCCAGCAAGGGUCUCCGGGUCAUUGCACUUGCUUCCGUUGAAGACAUCACUGGUCAUCCCCUACUCAAGUCCGCCAAGACCACCAAGGAGUAUGCUCAGCUUGAGCAGAGAAUGACCUUCAUUGGUUUGGUUGGUAUGCUGGAUCCCCCCCGCCCGGAGGUUGCAACGGCCAUUCGCAAGUGCAAGGAUGCAGGCAUCCGCGUCAUGGUGAUCACUGGUGACAGCCAGCUCACUGCUGAGACCAUCUGCCGCCAAAUUGGUGUUUUCGGACAGGACGAGGAGCUCAGUGGGAAAUCUUUCACAGGUCGACAGUUUGACGCCAUGUCUGAAAGCCAGAAACUCCAAGCUGCGAAGACUGCAUCUCUAUUCUCUCGGGUUGAGCCUACACACAAGUCCAAGCUUGUAGACCUGCUUCAAGACGCCAACGAGGUCGUUGCCAUGACUGGUGAUGGCGUCAACGAUGCACCUGCGUUGAAGAAGGCCGAUAUUGGCGUAGCCAUGGGCACCGGCACCGAUGUCGCGAAGCUGGCAGCGGAUAUGGUGUUGGCAGACGAUAACUUCGCCACCAUCGAGCUGGCAGUCGAAGAGGGCCGAACGAUUUAUUCCAACACGCAGCAAUUCAUUCGGUACCUCAUAUCGUCCAAUAUCGGCGAGGUUGUGUCUAUCUUCCUCACGGCUGCCCUCGGUCUUCCAGAAGCGCUUGUACCGGUUCAGCUUCUGUGGGUCAAUCUCGUUACGGACGGUUUACCAGCUACAGCACUGUCAUUCAACCCCGCUGACAACGAUGUUAUGCGCCGCGCACCGCGCAAGCGGGAUGAGCCACUCGUUGGUGGUUGGUUAUUCAUCCGCUAUCUCAUUGUUGGCACCUACGUUGGGGCUGCCACCGUCUUUGGAUACGUGUGGUGGUUCAUGUUCUACUCCGAGGGCCCUCAGCUCAGCUUUACGCAGCUGCGCAAUUUCCAUCGCUGCUCUCUCGCCAAUCCUCUGUACCGGGGCGUCGAUUGCGGUAUUUUCGCAACUCAUGCGUACGAGAACCGGGCGGCUUCGACCAUGUCACUCAGUAUCUUGGUGGUGAUUGAGAUGUUCAACGCCAUGAACGCCCUGUCGUCGUCCGAGUCAUUGGUGACGAUGCCACUCUGGAAGAACAUGAAGCUUAUUUACGCCAUCUGCCUGUCGAUGGCGCUCCACUUCCUGAUUUUGUACCAGCCAUUCCUCCAGUCAAUCUUCAACAUUGACCCUCUGAACAAGGCCGAAUGGUUUGCAGUUAUCUGGAUCAGCUUACCAGUCAUUUUCAUAGACGAGGCUCUCAAAGCCGUCGAGCGAGCAUUCUUUAUGCAGCCAGCAUCUCCGGCUCAGUCAGAGGGCAGGUCCAAGGCGAACGGCAGCCAUGUUGCCAACGGCAAGGUCAAGUCCAACUAG